AUGGCCGAUCCCAGAGUUGAGGAGCUCCCCGAGGAGGAGGUUAAGAAGACCCAGGUCGAGGAUCUCGACAACUCCAGCGAUGACGAGUCCGAUAUCGAGGCUGGCGACUCCAGCCUUCCCGCUGGCUCCCAGGCCGUAAUCCACUCCCGCAACGAGAAGAAGGCUCGCAAGGCCAUUGAGAAGCUGCAUCUCCAGCGCGUGCCCGGCAUCACCCGCGUCACCCUCCGCCGCCCCAAGAACAUUCUCUUCGUCAUUAACAACCCCGAGGUCUACAAGUCUCCCAACAGCAACACCUACAUCGUCUUCGGUGAGGCUAAGAUUGAGGACCUCAACGCCUCCGCCCAGGCCGCCGCUGCCCAGCAGCUCGCCAGCCAGUCCGCUGAGCACGACCACGCCGGCCACACCCACGAGCACGAGGAGGCUGGCAAGGCCAAGGAGGAGGAAGAGGAGGACGAGGGUGAGGAGGUCGAUGCCGAGGGUAUUGAGGACAAGGACAUCGAGCUUGUCAUGACCCAGGCCAACGUCUCCCGCAAGAAGGCCAUCAAGGCUCUCAAAGAGAACGACAACGAUAUCCGGAACGCAGCUCUCAAGGUCGACUGGGCCAAGAUCACCACCUCCCUCGGCCUUCGUGGUCAGACCGCGGCCAGCCUCCAGGCUUUCAAGAAGCGCAACGACGACGCCCGCCGCAAGCUCCAGCAGCUCUCGGAGCUCCCCACCACCGUCGACUUCGCCGCCUACCGCAGCACCCUCAAGAACCAAGCCAUCGUCAACGAGAUCGAGAAGCGCUUCACCUCUUUCAAGCCCGCCACCUAUGACGUGAACCGCCAGCUCAAGGCUAUCGAGGCCUUCGAGGUUGAGGCCAUCAAGAACGCCGAGGCCACCAAGACCAAGGUCGACCUUGAGCUCAAGGAUCUCGAGAAGACUCUCACGAACAUCGAGACUGCCCGUCCCUUCGACGAGCUUACUGUGGACGAGGUUGCCGCUGCCGAGCCUUCCAUCGACGAGAAGACCUCCAAGCUUGUCUCCAAGGGCCGCUGGUCCGUUCCUGGCUACAAGGAGCGUUUCGGCGAUCUCUCCGUACUAUAAAUGGCGAUCCCUCAGUCAACGGUUCCAUUUGUUUAUGUACUCUAGCAUUGUAGAUAGCAGGAAUGCGCCAAGGAACUACGGAUCAAUCGCAUCCUCUAUCUCCCAC